UUUAAUAAACACUUCAACUCUCCUCAUAUUUGUCAUCAUGGUGAAGGCUGAAUGGGUUUUCUGCAACCAAAAGAAUAUUUAAAUAAAAGCGAAGAUUGUAUUAUCUAUACAGCUGGUUUAAUGACUUCACCAUUAAUAAAUUCUUAUUUAAAAUGACGCAGUUAAACUAUAAUAACAUGUAAAUUAGAAGCAAGAUUUAGGUUACAUUGAUCUGUCUUUUUUGACUGCAUAGUUUAUUUGAAACUGGUCUUGGGUCAAUUCUUUAACACUUAACCUAUUUUAGCAUUUAACUCCAUGAGGCCAAGAGGCACUACUCAAAGGCUUUAUAAUGAAGCUAUACAGAUUCUAUCUGGAACACGUGUCAAAAAACAAUCUAUCAAUUCUGAAUUAAAUGAGACUCCUAAAUCAAUGGCUGUGAAAAGAAGACAAGCUUGCACGCAGACUGUUCUACAUUUGUGGGAUGCAAUUGCUUAUAUCAAACAACAGAAACAAAUUGCUAAUCUUGAUCGAUUAGCAAAUUAUAUGAAAAGAGUUUAUAGUGUAAAUCCAAGUGAUGUGGAACAACAGCUUAAUUUUGCUGUUGAAGAUGGACUAAUUAAUAUUAAAAGAAGUAUUGGCUGUAAAGGCUCCAAAGUCGGCCUUGAACAAGAUGGAUAUCGUAUUCCUGAAGAAAUAAGUGAAAAAGAUGGCCAUGACUGGUACUGCUUUGAAUGUCAUCUAGGCGGAGAAGUAAUCUUGUGUACUACUUGUUUUCGAGUUUUCCACGAGGAAUGUCUACCUAAUGAUUUUAAAACAACAAAAUUGAUAUGUCCUGUAUGUAAGAGUGUUGAGAAAUUUUCAUUAAAUGUCAAGAAAAGUGAAUUAAAUACCUUACUUGGAUUUACUUGUGUCAGGCUGAAAGAAAAGACAAGAGAACUUCAUAGAAUCCCUCAUCCUGAUGAUGAAAAGUGGCGUUUUAACUUCUUAAUUUACCAAAGUAUGGACUUAACUGCUAUAGAAGAUAAAAUGAAAUCCAAUGAGUAUUCAAGGCUGGCAGAUUUCUUCUCCGACACCCAACAAAUCGUUCACAAUGUUGUUGUAUAUUUUGGAGUGAGCAGCCGCAUUGCUGAAAUGGCUCGUCAAAUGUUAGGCGAUUGUGAAUAUGACUUAUUGGAAAUCAUUCAGUGCUCACAUUGUUACAAAAUGUCUAAUACAAAAGUUGACUCGUGGUUCUGUUCACCUUGUGAUCCUCCUCAUGAAUUAGUUUAUGCUAAAGUAAAAGGCUUUCCUUAUUGGCCUGCCAAAGUUAUAAAGAAAGAGGACAAUUAUUAUGAUGUUCGCUUUUUUGGUGCAUUUCACCAAAGGGCUUUAAUUCAUCAAGAUCAUGUGAAACCAGUGUCAACACCUUAUAAGAAGCUGGGCAUUAAAUAUACUCCUUCAUUUGACCGAGCUUAUAAAGAACUAUGUCAUCAUCAAAAAUUGGUUGAAGCAGCUUCUAGAAAGCGAUCAUCUGGUGUCAAAUCGAACUCUGAUCAAACGAACGCAAUUGAUACAAAGAAUGAAACUGUUAAUGAAGUGACUGAUGAUAGUUCCUCUAAAUUAAAGGCCACUCCGUUACGUAAAAGAAAAUGUGCAUCUACUCCUUUAACCAAACCACCUAGUGCUAAAAAGGCAGCUACAGUUCCUGUAAAGAAAAAUAAGAAAUUUUAUCAAGAAUCUCCGACCUCCUCAUCUCCUAAAAUUUCUAAAUCAGAGAAUGCUUCAUUAUCUGAAGACCAUGACUUAGUUUCAUCCUCACAAGAUACAUCAGUAUUUCAAGUGACAGUAGCAGUGCAAACUCCUAAAGAGUUCUUGUUGCCAAGAGAAACAGAAAAAAAUAAUAAUGAAUUCAAUGAAAAGGCAGCAAAUUCUUGCAAUUGUACUGAAAAAUAUGACAAACGUUUGAAAGAUCUGCAAACAAGAUUAGAAACCGAACAUAAAGAAGAAAAGAGCAAAUCUUUGAAGGAGUUGUCUGACAAAAUCCACCGAGAGAUGGAAAGUGAAAAACAGAAAACAUUAUCUGUGACUUUGGAGAAAUUCCAACAGGAACAGAAAGAAGCACAAAUUAAAGUCAUUGAGCAGUUAAAAUUGACCCAUGCUGAAGAAAUGUGUAAAAUGGUUGAGUGUCACAACAAAGAGUUAUCUGAGGCUAAGAAGAAACAGUGGUGCUACAAUUGUGAGGCUGAAGCUAUCUAUCAUUGUUGUUGGAAUACAUCUUACUGCAGUGUUGAAUGUCAACAGGUUCAUUGGCAUAAGGAGCACAAGCGCACAUGCAGAAGAAAGCGGAUGAAAUUGGUUUAAAAUUGUGCUCAAGAAAUUAUAAUUAAAGAUUGAUAGAUGCAAGCAAUAUUCAUCAAUUUAUAGAACACUUGUUUUAAUUAAGACUUAUGAGUUGAAUUGGUAGGUCUGGAAUGGCAUCUGUCUAGUUCUGAAUUUGUUUUUGGAGCUGAAAAAGGAUUAAGAAUUCAUCAGCUGAAAAUGAAUUAAGUAUGCUGAAUUAUAGGUUUAAAAAAAAGAACUUUUGAAAGUUGUAAUUGAUUAUCAAAGAAACAUAAUUUUUUAUUCUAGGAUUUUAUUAUUUUGUAUUGAAUUGAAAAGUUCAAUGAGAAAUAAAAAUGCAAUUUUGUAUAAAUGCUUAUUUUCAUAAUUUUUUCAAUAUAUUGUUAUUGGAAAAAAAAUUUGCUACUCCUUAACAUUAUUUUCAUAAAAAUAACCAAAAUACUAAAUAGAUGAUGGUUUAAUGUAUGGACAUAAAAAUAAUAACAAGAUUCGAAAAUCAUUACUGGUAUAAGAAAUUUAAACUCUGUGAACACUGAGUUUUCCAGGGUGACCCUGGUUCCCUCGAAACAUCAUUUGGGAACCUCAGCCCUAUACAGUCUUAUAACUGUUAUAAAUAUUAAUAAGCAACUGAAGUUUUCAAAAAUUGUGAAUUUAUUAAUUUUCUUCUUGUCAUUCUUUAAUUUCAGUUGAAUAAAGAACAUAAUUUAGAGGUUUUGAGAGUCGUUACCUUCUUUUGUUAAUUUAUCAGCCAAUUGGCCAAAUUUUGUUUGAAAUCUGAAAUAAUGUGAGUAAGUUUAGGAAUUAAAAUUGACUUUUCUGUUUCUCUUAGUAAUAUUUAAGGCUUGUUCUGUUUACAGAUAUUUUUUUUUUCAUAUGCUGCCAAGCUGGAGAAUUUCUACUACUAGGUGAAUCCAUAAAAAUUUAAUGUACCUUAAUUGUUGUAUUUUCUGGUGUAGCAGUACAUUUUGAGUUAUUAGGUUCAAAGAAAGUUUAUAUGUUGACUUACAAGUAUUUUAUUUGCACUUGAAGGUAAAAAUUGAAUGUAUCUUUAUUGCUGUAUUUUCUAGUAUAUAAGUCUACUUUCUGAGCCCAUAAUUAAAGUUGGGUUGACUUUUUCCAGAGUGAUUUCCCUUUUUCAAAUUUUGAGGAGUGAAAUUGAUGAAAAAUUAAAAUAGAUGAAUGAAAUUCAAGGUUAAGGUUGUGUUUGUAAAUUGCUGCCAUUUUACAGCACAUGUUGCAAUAUUAACUAACACAUAAAUUAUCUAAUACUCUAGAAUUAUUCCUUAAGUAUUUAACCAAAAAAUAUUUUAGAUUUUUUUUUUCACUAUUUAUCGUUUAAUUGACUAAGGUUUCUAAAAAUAUUAUCAGUAAAAUACUUAAAAUUUUCAGUUCUUAUGCAUUUUGUUUCGACCAUUUAACAAUAUGUUUGAAAUUCAUGUCACAUUUAACAAAAAUUUUACAAGGAAUAUACAUGGGGUGCCCUACAAGGAAUAUUACAGGCAGAAUACAUUGGCAAACUUUGUACACUUCUUACAAACCUGCCAACUCUCUCAGGCUUUUGUACAGAGGCUCAUCUGAGAACCUCUGGCUAGCAGAGUAUUUUCUAAAUUUUUUUUUUCUGUCAUUGGAGAAUUAAUAUUUUAAAAUGUCUGAUAAAUAAAAAAAGUAAAAAACUACUUUUCUUUUUUAAGAAAAGCCAUAUGUGGAUAUUUUCUCUUUUAAGAGUGAUAUCGUAAUUCAAUUUAAACUAGCUAAUUUGCCUAAUAUUUCAAUCUCUUUCUUGAGCAACAAGAAUUUUUUUUGUUGAUAGUUUUCCAGCAUUUAUUAAGUUUUAGGAAGAGAAGAGUCCAGAAACUGAGUUAUGCAUUUUAAAGUGCAAAUACAUGUUAGAACAGAAGUUUUUUUUAUGCAGUUGACACACACGAUCAGUGCUAAAUGGCAUAUAACGUUUUUAAAAAAUGCUCAGCGGUCGCUAAUUUAUUAUUUUGUAAUUUUUAGGUAUGAAGUCAUUUAUGUAAAUUAAAUUUUAAAAAUGUAUGAAUUCAUUAUAUUUUUAAAAAAAAUAUUUUUUGGUUUGCAUAUUAGGCUUAUGCCAGGAUCACGAAGAGUCUCACAACAAUCUACAGUUUAUUUGCUACUUGGAAGAUUUCCCUCCUAAAAGUUUAUUAAAUGAAACUUAGUUUAAUUAAUGAAUCGAUCUUAUAACGAAUACAAAUCUUAGAAAAUUACACAAUUAUAACUCAAUCUAAACUUUAAUACUGUUAAAAUAACACUUUUUAAACCAUGCCAUAAGUCUCUGCACUACUGAUGUGAGAAAUCGAAAAGACUCUACUUCAAUUAAAGUGUGAAUUUAAUGGUUGACUUACAUGCAGAAAAUACAGAGUAUACAGUAGUAUUUUUUUUUUUAAAUUGUUAAAUUUCUAUUGUGUGAAUGAAAAGUUUUCAACUUUUUUUAUAAGUUAAUCUUUUGAACUAGGUUAAUCUUUGAACCUGAGUUUUAUCUGUCGUUUUAUUUUUGAAAAUGAAUCAAAAUUUGCUUUUGUUUUAUUGUAAGCUUUUCCUAUGUCACGCGCAUUUUAAAAUCAUGUUUCUUAAAAUGUAUAUUAGUGCAUUUCAUUCAUCGAAUCAAAAGGCGACGGUGGCAUAGUAACUUGUACAGAAAUGGCUGUUUUAGAAAUUGCAUAAUGUUGUAUCUAGUAUUAUUUUAUAGUGUUUAUUUUUGUUCUAAAAUGUUUUAGAAGAAAAUUGUUAUCUUCAUAUUUCAUGUUAUUCGGAUACUGUAAAUAUUCCUGUGUCAUAACAUUUUGCCAUAAGAACAUUUUAGAUUCCUUCCUCCAGCAGCUGCUGAACUAGAGAAAUAUUGUAAGAUAUCAUCUAUACAUUAGUCCAUUCAUUUGGGCAAUAAAUGUAAACUUACAAAUUUAUUAAAAAAAAAAACUUCAUAUUCAUUGUUUUUGAUGUAAUAUAUUUAUUGUUUUUAUUUGAAAUAAAAAGCACUGGUCA